CCGAACUGGAAGCGAACGGAGCAAGCGAAGCGCGAGCCCCAGUAGAGAGCAGCAGUGUGUGCGCGUUUUGUGCUAAAGGCGAAGCGAAAAAAAUACACAUAUAACCGAGAGAAAAAUGGCAGCGAACGAUGGAUUUCUGGACGCCUAACUGGGAAUCGAAGUGCACGAGAUUCGGAUUAAUCCAGUCGGUUUUGCGAUUGGGAUAAGUGCAGCCGUUUUGUGUUGUUUUUUUUGUUGUUCCGUGCGUGAAUAUAUACGUGAAAUCUAGUGAGUGUAUCUCCGUGUGUGUGUGUGUGUGUCGUGCGUGCCAAAAAGGGAGUCCGACAUGAAGUUGAAACGGCUGUGUUUUUUCGUGAAAUAGUGUCCGUGGCGGCGACGAAAAACAACAAUAUCCUCAAUGUGGUGUUUAGGGCAAAAUGGUCAGAGAGACUAGACACUUGUGGGUAGGAAAUUUACCCGAGAAUAUACGAGAAGAACGCAUUCGAGAACACUUCAAACGGUAUGGCCGCGUGCAAAGCGUCAAAUUGUUGCCCAGGUGCGGCGAGGAGAAGGCGCCGGGGGGCGAGGUCACGGUGGCGUGCACGGUGGCGUUCAUGGACAUCAAAAGUGCGUCCAAGGCGCACAACGCCGAGCUCAAGAUAGACGACAGGACGCUUAACACCGAGUAUUACGAACCGGCCGCCAUUCCGUCCCCCGCGACGGCGGCGGCGGCGUCCGCCUCCGUCGUCGCCGCCGCUGCGUCUCCGCAGAACAGCCAGCCGUCGCCCUACGCCACGUCGCCGGGCUCCAUCGCCAGGUAUCCCAACGGUCACGGGUCAUCGGAUGACCACGGCGCCGGCCCGUUCGUCGAUCGCUGCUUCUACGACCGCCCGACGGCGACUUCCCGCCUCGUCGGCGCCGGCCCCAGCGCCGCCUCCUCCGCCGACCUGCCGGGCGGCUACAGGAACGGCCAGUACGGCGGGGCGGCGGGCGCCGUCGCCUCGGAGGCGCGCCGCUCCAGCUGGGGCUACGACCGUUACGCCGCCGCCGCUGCCGCCAACCAGACGGACGCGGGGUACGCCGCGACGCCGUCGGAAUGCAACCAGAACGCCGCCGUCGGCGCCGCCGCCGCCGCCAAGAAGAAGACGGCGAACAGCCGGUCCGGUUCGAGGUCGCCGUCGCCUUCGGUUAGCGCCAGCACCAGGUCACCUUCAAGGUCUCGAUCGAGGAGCAGCAGCAGCUCGUCGAGUUCGUCGAUGUCGCGCGACACCAGCUCCACGGGCUCGCCGAAAUCGAAGCGUUUGACGUCGAACAGCAGCGCCGCCUCGAAUUCCAAUCACCAGCCGCCGGUGGUGCACACCGACGAUCGCCGGCCCCUCGCCAUCUGCGUGAAGAACCUGCCGGCCCGGUCGUCGGACACGUCCCUCAAGGACGGCCUCUUCCACGAGUACAAGAAGCACGGCAAGGUGACGUGGGUGAAGGUGGUCGGCAAGGACGCCGAUCGCCAUGCGGUGGUCUGCUUCAAGAAGCCCGAGGACGCCGAGAAGGCGCUCGAAGUGAGCUACGACAAGUUGUUCUUCGGCUGUAAGAUCGAGGUGGCCGCCUACCAGGGGUGCGACGUCGAAGACAACGAUCUGAGGCCGUACGAGUGCGACAUCGACGAGUACCAUCCGAAGGCCACCAGGACGUUGUUCAUCGGUAAUCUGGAGAAGGACGUGACGGCGUCGGAGCUGCGGAAGCACUUCGAUCAAUUCGGUGAAAUCAUCGAGAUCGAUAUCAAGAAACAAGGGGCUGUGAGUUCGUACGCGUUUUGCCAGUACUCGGAUAUCGUGAGUGUUGUCAAGGCCAUACGGAAGAUGGACGGUGAACAUUUAGGUAAUAAUCGAAUUAAAUUAGGUUUCGGCAAAUCGAUGCCGUAUAAUUGCGUCUGGAUCGACGGCAUCAACGACAGCGUUAACGACAAGUACCUGAAAAUGCAGUUUGAACCUUUCGGCGUUAUAAAUAAAUUGCACAUAGAUCGCGAUAAGGGACAAGCGCUCGUAUUCUACGAGCAAGUGAUGAGCGCCCAAACGGCCGUCGCGAAAAUGCGCGGAUUCACGUUGAAAAACACCAAAAUCCAAGUGGACUUCGCCAGCCGGGAGUGCCAGGAAUCGUUCUUCGAAAGAUUAGAAAAACAGGGCGCCGUCCUCGACAGGACGACUUUCGACGAACGAAGGGAACCCAUCAAUAGGACCUUCGAUAUCACCACACCUAGAUAUUCAAGAUACGACACGACGACGACGCGGCCUCGAACGUCGUCGUACAGCAGCAGAUCGAACGCGUCGGCCGGCCAGACGGGGUCGCUGCAAUCGCCGGGCGCGCCGGCGUCGGCGGCGCCGCGCGUUUCGGUCGGCGUGGCCGCGGCGGCCGGCGUCGUCGGCGUCGGCGCCCGGACGCUGCGCCGCUUCCCCGACUACUACGAUCAGCCGCUCGAGUACGCGGAGCGGCACUUUCGCAGCUACGACGAGUACAGCCAGAGCUCGACGGCGUCGCACGAGGACCUCUACGAGCACGACUACGGAUUCGGCCACGACGCCGGCGAUCCCUUACAAACUAUAGAAAACGUCCCGUUCGCCCCGCCCGACAUGCGGAACCUUCAAAAGGAGCGAGUCCAUCUGCUCGAGCAGCUCGAAGAAUGCCCCAGCUCCGGCGACGAGCUCAUCAGCCCCAAGAAACGCAUGAAACUGGAACUGCUCGACACCGUCAUCACCAGCGACGUCAUCAUCGAGGCCAACAGGGACCACAGAAAGGUGAUGGAAGUCCGGCGAUUGUCCGACGUGAAUUUGAAACACCACUCCCGACGGCCGUCGAUGGAAUCGAGCAAGCACGUCCGGCACGACGUCGUCUACGUGCCGCAUUCGGUGUGCAAACGGCGGAAAACGGCCGGCAGCGAUUCGAACGCCGGCACCAAGUUGCACCACUACGAUCACUCGGGCUCGGAGAGCGUCGGCGGCUCGCGACCCGGCACGCCGCUCUGCGACGAACGGCCCGAGAACUUCCCGCCCAGUGAACCACGCAGGGUGCCCAGAGAAAGGGAGGGGCCGCUCACGUUGCCGCUGCCCAGGUUCGCCUCGCAAAUCAUCAACAGAGGUCCUGUAUCCGUGGCGGGUAUAAAAGGUCAAAAAGACAACGUCCUAUCUAGUCCACCGCCGGCGGUGACGAGUCCGCGGAUAUCGAGCGCGCCGCGGCCGCCGAGCCCGGUGCACGUGCCGCCGCCGGCGUCGCCGCCGCCGCGUCCGCCCAGCCUCAGUUCGAAUUCGAGCGACAGCGACGCGGCGACGCCGCCGAGCCCGUCGCUGGACGAGCGCAUCAAAUCGUUGGACGAGAAGUACGAGAAGUGGUCGGGUUCGAGGGCGCUGAGCGCCGCCGGCGGCGACGCGCUCGCCCUGCUCGACGCCAACAUCGAAAAGUUCCGGCAGAGGCACAAGAUGCUCGAUUUCAAGGAGGCCCAGCCGUCGGACAUCGUCAAAUCGGUGAUGGCCAAGCGGUCGGUGUUCGACGACGAUCUCAAGCGAUUGGAGAACGUCGGCGAGAAGUACGAACCCAAGGAGUUUGCUGCAUUUCAACGCGUCGCGCAACUUCCCGCCGUUGUUACUUCUUCUUCUUCUAUUCCUACAUCUCUACCGUUGUCGGCUUUGAAGAUUAACACUACCAACGUGCCGCCCUUGCCCAAGACGCCUACCGUCUUAUCGCCGAGAUCCACCGGUAUCCAAGCAGCGAAAGGUCUCCAAUAUCCGUUUCCGACGCACCCUCCGAAUCUUCUGAUGUCGUCAUCGUCGCCGUCGUCGUCGCCGUCGCCUAUCACCGCGACGCAGCUGCCGCCGUCGACGGUCGCGGCCGCCGGUUCGGCGAGCGUCGCGACGGCCCUCACCACCGUCACCGCGGCGACCGCAGCGACGUCCUCUUCGGCGUCGUCCGCGUCUACGAUGUCGUCGUCGUCGUCGUCUUCGUCGAGUUCACGAGGCGCCUCACAUGGUGAUAAUAGACUGAAACCGUGCCCGAGCGUGCCGAGUGACGCGAGAACUUGUAGCAAAAUGAUUGUAAAUAAACCUAGCCUAGCGUGCGCGAAAAUUAGCGAGAAAAUCGAGAAAAUCGGUAAAGUGCCGUCGUCGCGUAGGGAGUGCGGUGGCAGUGGAAGUGGUGGUAGUGGUAACGGUAGCGGUAGCGGUAGUUCCCCGCGCGCGGACGUCAAAAUCAGAAGGAACAGUGAUACGAGCGCUCGAAGAUCGGACCACGACGCCGAUCAGAGUCGAAAGGAACGGGCCCAAAGCGAAGAGAGGAAGCGGGAGCGGGCGAAAAUCGAACACGAAAAACUGGAGAAGGAGAAAUGCGAACAGGAGAAAGUGCGCGUGGACAAAGAGAACGAAUUGUUGGAGAAGCAGAAGGAGAAAAUCGAAAGGGAACGGUCGAGGAUAGAAGCGGAGAAUGUAAAGAAAGCCCAAAGGGAAAAGGAGGCGUUAGAAAUGAAGGAAAAAGCGGAAAAAUUGGAGCAGGAACGCAAGGAAAAAGAGGAGAUCGACAAACGAUUGAGGGAAGAACAAGAGAAAACCCGCUUGGAGAAAGAGAAACACGAACGCGAGAAGAAAGAACGCGACGACCACAACAGAAUCCACCACAAAGACGACAAAGAGCGGCUCGUCAAGCACAAAGAAGACAAUCACGAUAGAAAGAAAGACGACCACAACAAACACAGGGAAUCCCACAAUUCCCUAGACCAGAAUCGACCGUCCAAAGACGAUAAACUAGGCAGCAGAGAGUCGAAUCAAUUGACGAACGCCAAGGAGGCACACGAAUCCCGCAACAAAACGACGCACAUCGACAGAGAGUCGGAGCGCCGAAAGGAGAGCAUCAAAGAGAACCGGGACAACAACGUACACGAAAAACACAAGAGCGAAAAGGCGCGCGACGUCAUCGAAUCCAGGCACAUGUCGAUCGAUUCGAAAUCCCAUGACAAACACGAUCCGUCCAAACGGAAAGAGCGCAACAACAGUUUACCCGCUAACAUCGGUUCCAAACGACGCUAUAGUUCACACGAAACCGUCGAAAUCAACGACGAUUCGACGAAGAAAGCCAAAUUGUCGCAUGAUUACAAUAAGAAACUGAACGAACGAAGGGACUCCAAAGAUAGCACGAGAUCGGAAGAUCGUUUAAAGAGCAGCAGCAAACACAAAAACAACGUCGUUUUAAACAAAUACGACAAGUACGUGUCGGAGGAGAAGCGCAGAGAACGCGAAGAGCGCCACAAAAAACACAAAUUAGAAAAACAGAAAUCCAAGAGCAAAAGCAGAGAGAAAGAAUCGCUCACCGAUCGAGAAUUCCUCAAUCGUUUAGAACUGAAAUCCGUCGAAGACGGCGACAAACAACACCGCAAGGACAAGGAGAAACGCGACGAUAUACUGCACCAGGAUAAGCAGAAAAAGGACAAACUGGCGCACGCUCUAGCCAUCGAAAAAAUCAAUCGGAUGCGUUCCGAACACGAAGAGAAAAAGAAACAACAACAACAACAACAGCAACAGCAGCCACUACAACAGCAACAACAACAACAACAAAAUCAGCAGCACUUGCAACGCGAACAUCGCAUUCGAAAAUUAACGUCGGAUAGCGACUCCGACGAGCCCAAGAAACAUUCCAUAUUCGACAUCGUCGACGACGAACCCGCCUACAUCUCCAUGUACGACAAGGUGAAAGCGCGCAGCUGCAAGAACAUGGCCAAGCAAGAGGAGGAAAAGCGCCAGGAGAAGCUCAAAGAGAAGUUCACCAAGCUGAAGCAGAGCCGCGCCAAGCGCGAGGAGAAGAAACGCUCGACGUCGUGGGACGAGGACUCCGACAGCGACAAAGACGUCAAAGUGUCGAAAAGGUGUCUCAAGUUGCUGUUGGACAGUUCGGACGAAGACGACGACGACGACAGGAAAUCCACCUCCGUCAAAAAGAAGGAGAUUUACACCGAUUCCGACUCGUCGGCCGUCUACAACAAGCACUCCAUCAGCGGGAAAAUCGAGUCCAGCGAGGACGAAAUCCUGAGGAAGAGCAGCUUCCUGAGGACGCUCAAACCGCGCAUAACGAGCGACACCUCCGACGACGAGCGCAACAAGAAGAAACUCCAAGUACAAAAAGAACUGUUCGAUGAUGCCCCUUCGAUCAACGCCAACGCAACCACCGCGUCCGAGGUGCAGGUUUGCAAUGCGAUCGAAGACAAACCGUCCCAACACCUGUUCAAAAUCAAAGAGGAAUUGGUGAAGAUCAAGAAGGAGAGGCGCAACAGCAAGCAACACCAAGACGGCGAAAUGAACAGCUCGCUAUUCGCCGCCGAGAAAUACAACAACAAACACGCGACCUAUACGGACGUCACGACCGACGAGGAAACCGCCAAAAGGGACAAAGAACGACGGGAAAAGAAGCACAAGAAGAAGCAGAAGAAGCAAAAGUACGAAGAGGAAUCGGUCGACAACAAUUCGACGACGUCCGAAUGCAAAUCGGAGAAGAAGAAGGAGCACGGCAAGAAGGAGAAACGACGCGAUAAGAACAGGGACAAGGAUAAAUCGAAAAAAUCCUCGAAGAGGAGCAAAUUGGUCGGUAAAAUGGACGCCGUCGUCAAAAGAGAGGACAAAAUGGAGAAUAUAUUCGGUUCGUUAUCGGAGGAUUCCGAGACCGGUACGAAUAGCAAAGAAACUCCUCAACAACCGGAUUUAAUCGAAAACGAAUCGCCCCAAUCGCAUCAAUCCCACCAAUCUCACCAAUCGCACCAAUCACACCAAUCGCUCGAUAAGGAACACGACAACAAACCUAAAGAAAAGAGCGAGCGAGACAAAGAAAAGGAGGAGCACAAGCGUAAGAAAGAGAAGAAACGUCGCGAGAAAGAACGACGUCUACAAGCGGCGGUCGUCGCGGCCGCGGCCGCAUCCACGGCGACCAUUGAUUCCGAAUUGAACGACAACAGCAUGGAUUACAUUUGCAUGGGCAAACAGCUGGAGGCGAACAUGCUCAGAGACGACGGCGACGUCUUCCAAACGACGCCGACGCCCGAGAAACCCGCCGAAGUCGUCGCCGUCGUCGACGAUCGGCCGGACUUCCCCGACGCCGUCGAAACGAAACGAGACGACAAGCGCGACGUCAAAGAGAAGAAAAAGAAACGAAAAAAGAGCAAAGACGAAAGGAGCAGCAAACACCACAAUCACCAUCACGACAAGACCAAAUGCAAAACGGAAACUGAUAGGAAACCGGACGCGAAAGAAAUCGCCCAGCAGCAAACCAAUCAAAGCCUACCGGAUCUCCUGGUAGACGAAGCGCCGCCGCUGCCGCACAAACAAAUCCUACAGACGCCUAUCGUAGCUCCUGAGCCGCCGCCGCUACCACCGCCUCCUCCGCCGCCGCCGCCGCCACAGCAACAACAGCAGCAGCAAUUCGACGACAAGGACUCGAUUAGAAUCGAACGAGAAACGGUGGCCGACGUCCCGGAGGAGAAACCCCGCGCUGUGAUAUCACAAGAAGAGACCGAAGACGCCGUCGCCGCCCUCCUGGGCGAAAGCUUCGGUGGCGGCGAAACGUCGGAGUUCUACGAUCACGACGACGUCGUCGACGAGGAGGAACCGUCGGCGGCGCUCGCCGACGAACCCAACGUCCAAGACGACGAGGAGAUGCGCCGGGCGGUCAGGAGCCUGAGCGCCGCCACGGCGGCCGCCGCCGCCUCGGCCGGCGAUUCCGACGCCAAGCCGGACACGCCGCAGAGCGAGCACGAUCUGCAAAUCGACACCGAUACCGAGGAGGCGGACGAGCCGGUGCAGCCACCGCCACCGCCGACGCCGGCGGUGCGCUACCAGCAAACGCCCAAGACGCCGCCCGAGCCGGUCGAGUACCAGCGGUUGCCCAAAACGCCCGAUUUGCCGCCCUAUUUCGACGACAAACACCCGCCGUUGGCAGCUUUGAAAACCACCGUUAUAACAACCACCACAACCACCACUAGUACGGGCAUCGGUAGCCCGCCUUCGUUGACUCCUAUCAGAAAACCCGCGGAGGUGGAGAAGCGCGAUUUACCGGUAUUACCGGAUACUUUACCGCCUUUCAACAAAUCCGUCAUUAAAUUAGAACCGAGCAACAAUGCGACAAUCGAGCCAUCGUAUCCACCGUUGAAGCCUCUUACUAACACUACAACCGGCGACAUGGUCAAUAAAAUUUCUAUAGUACAGCAAACACAAACGCCGCCGCCGCCGCCACCUCCGCAACUACACAACCUACCGGCCCGUUCUCCGGUACAAACCGGCAAGAUCCUAGAACCUUCAAGGACCCACAACAGGCUGCCCAUCGCUUCCGUAAUGGUACAAAAACCCCUACAAGCCACCACCGUAAUACUGCAACAAUCCAAGCCCGCCCUCAAUUUGGAACCGCCCAAAUUGAUAACGGCUUAUCAGGAGAGGCCGCGGACGCUCUACCAACCGCCGCAGUUCGCCAAUUAUCCGCCGAACAAUAAACUAACGCGGCACGUUCCGCCCCAAGGUUUGCUCGUACCGUCCAGGAAUGCUUUCAACUUCGCCGGCAAUUUACCUUGCUACGCAAAUUUGCAAGAUAACGCGUCGGCGCCGCCUCCGCUGGUGCCCAAAGAACCGAUCGUCGUCGCUCAAACCGUCGAGAAACCGCCCGCGGUGCAAGUCAGCGUACCGAGCACGGUGCAGAAACCCGUGGAAGUGAUGAAGUUGGAGACUCCCAAGUCCCCGGUGUCGGUGAUCGUGUCCGUUGCGGGCGAAGCGGUCAAAGCGGAGGCGGAAGUAAAAGUGAAAACAGAGGCGGCGGAGAGGCCGACGAAAUUGGCCAUAGAAGCCGUCACCGACGAGCUGAACAUGACUUUGGAGAAAUCCUCGCCCGAUGUCGAGGUGAAAUCCGAAGAUAUCGUCGAUGUAAAGGAAGAGAAAGCGGACGUGAAGCGACAAGAAGAAGGCGAUACUGUUGUACGCGAGGAUGGUGAUAAGGCGGUGAGUGAAGAGGAAAAACCGCCGCGUGAAUUAGAAGCCGUCAAAGAUAUUCUAGUCAAUGAGACGUCGGAUGAGAAGGAGGCCAAAGAAGAGAGUGAUUAUUGGCUACAAAAAGGUACUAUAGAUUCCGUAAUCAAAACGCUAGUUUCACCUGACGAAUCCGAACGUUGCGUAGAAAAAACCGAUUGGUUCGACGAUCGAAAACCCGACGAAUCGAAAUCGCCUACGCCCGCACCGCCUACACCCGUACCGCCUCCACCACCACCGCCACCACCACCAACAACAACAUCACCUCCUAGACCGCCCGAAGUAGAUGACAAACCCGUCGAAGACGACGCCGUCGUCGACAAACACGCCGAUCCGGAACCCAAAAGCGACGAAUCCGAAGAAAUCGCCGACGAUUCGGCCGAGCCCGAAACCAACGAAGACUCCAACGCCAGGGAACCGCCGACGUUGCGCUCGAGCAGCCGUCGAGGCGGCCGAGGUCGCGGCAGAGGCGGCAAAACGCCGCCUUCCAGGACGACCGCGCCGGCGGCCGGUAUACAAACCAGACGCGGCAAACUCAAGGAAACCGCCCAGCAACCGCCGCCCCAGCCGCCGUCUAAACGCGGUCGCGGCGGCAAGGGGCGCGGCGAAAGAAAAACAUCGAAAUCCGAAGCGGACGCGGCGCCCGCCGUCACCGCCGCCGCCGCGACCGCCGCUACGGACGUGUACGAAUUCCGCGACGAAUCCGACGACGGUAAUUCGAAUUCCAACAACAAAGAACAACGGCCCAGGUUGAUAUUGACGAUCAAAUCGCCCGCUGUAGCCAGUCACAACGCCACUACAACGGCGAGUAUCAAGGAAGUGACCAAAGACGGAGCUAAAGAAAUCUCCGGCAGCGCCGAUAAGGAAAUUUCACCUAACAAACAACAACCGCAAACGCAACCGCAACAACCACAACAACAACAACAACAGCAGCAACAGCAACCGGUAGAGAAAGAAAAAGACAAGGAGGAAUUCGCCUCGCCGUCGGCCACAAAUACGAGAAAAUCCAGGAGGUUGCAGGAGCGCGAUAUAUCCAAAAACAAUGUGGAUGAUACCAUCGAGGACGUCGUCAAGAAUACGGUACAAACGCGUGCCUCUUCGGCCACGCAACGACGAGCCGCAGCCGCUGCCGCCGCGGCCGCCGCCGCCCUUCGACAUACCAACAACCCCACCAAGCUGAGCCCGCCUCAUUCGGACGCGACACCCAGGAAAUCGCCUAGAGGUAGGAAAGGUCGACGCGGUUCCGAAGCGGCCGAUAACUCGUCGUCCGAGGAAACCGUCAAAGAGGAAGCGAAAACGCCGCCACCGCAACCGCAGCAGCCGCCGCCGCCGCCCAAACUAGAAGAGCCGAUCGUCGAGAAAAAAGAACCGCCGAUCGAACCGUCGGUGAAAGAGAAACCGCACGAAGGCCUGAAGGCGGCCGUUUUGCGACGCAUCAAAGGCGAAAUGAUCGCCAACCGGAAUCCCAACGAACCGACGAAUCUCAUCGAUCCCGUCACCGGCGAAUUGAUACCGAUGCGCGAGAGCGGCGAAGGCAAAUACGUACCGCUCCCCGGCACCGUCGCCGACGCGACGCCCGUCAAGAAACCGAUCAAAGAUCACCCGGAGAUCCCGGCGAAAUCCCAACCGAGCGUCAUCACGAAACCGCAACAACUGACCGUCGUGCAACAGCCUAAACCGCAAAGCCUAAAGGCUCACGUUCUAUCGUCGCAGGCGGCCCAGGCGAUCGUCAAUCAACAACAAUCGACGCCGCUUCCUAUGGUCAUCACCAAAUCCAUAACGCCUAUUGUAGCUUCCAAGGCCGCGACGCCGAUCGCCAUCACGAAAACCAUCACUCCCAUCAGCCAACAUCUGUCGAUCAACACGAAUUUGAACGUGAAUCUGCCGCCAUCGCCGCAUUUAUCGCCUCUAAACAAACCUAAAGCUGUAAAAACGCCCGCCUUGUCUCCCAUACACAAACAACAACAACUCCAACAAAUCAUCCAAACCGGUAGAGACCAUCAACAGCAACAACAACAACACCAACACCACCAACAACAGCAACAACCUCCGAAAGUGGUGCACAUCAUCGCCUCGCAACCGCCACAGAUGAUCAACAAUCACAUGGCGCACAUGAAGCAACACCAGCCGCCGCCGAAGGCGGCCAAAAUCGCGAUGAAGCCGUUGCAGCAGAUGAUGGGCGGCGGGGUGCCGGCGGCGGCGUGUCCGACCGCCUCCCACGCGCCCAUCAGGUUGGCGCGCGACGCCUCGCCCGUCCCGGCCGCCGCCAAAACCGUCAUGGAGCCGCCCAAGGUGGACGUGUCGAUGGGCAACGUCGUCAUGGCCCAACGGAGCAAGUUGUCGCCGCAGAGGAUCGUCGGACAGACGGGCUUGCCGAUGCCCGGCUACGAACCCAGCUUGCACGGAGAGAGGGGUUUUUUGAAUAGAAGUCGGAGCCCGCCGCCGGCUCACCAAAAUUCGCCGUCUCCGAAGGGCGAAGCGAUCGCGCACUAUCCACCAGGACCGCUACGACCGCCGCCGGAGCUCAACCCAUCGCACUACAUGCACCCAACGCACGUCAUGCAGUACCAGCAGUACUUGAGGCAACAGCAAUUACAACAUUAUUCCAGAUCCGGUGGCAUGGAGAAAGUCAUAGGCGACGGACAGGAAGGAGAAGAAGCUCCAGUGACAUCGCCCCCGUUGGAACUGAGACGACCCGGAUCAGUGGGAUUACCUCUUACUAGCAGAAGCGCCGCCGUACAACACAGUCUGCAUUCACCUCACGACAGAACAACCGACUCGCCGCAAAUCAGCCAAAUGUACAACAUCCACAGCCCGGCCCGAAUACCGCCGUACCACCGGUACCAAGAGCCGCCGCCGGCGCACAGCAGCCGCCCCGUCACCGGCUACGGCGGCCUGUUGUCGGCGCUCGGCGGCGACAGGGGCAUGGCACACAUGCCGCCCAUCGGCACCGCCGAUCGCCCGUUGGGCGGCCUCAACGCCCACAUGGGCCCGUCCGAUCGCAUCCUCACGGCGCACAUGGACCGGCCGAUGUCGCAGGGCCACAUGGGCGCCGGCCUCGGCGCCGCCGGCAAUCUGAUGGGCGCCGUCGCCAGGCACGUCGGCGCCGACGCGCCCGCCAGCCAACGCGGCCUGCAGGUGGCGACGCCGCCCCACGCCAGCCAGGUGCCCGCCCAGGCGGAGAGCCUCCUCAUGCUGUUGAAGCAUUACCCUUGCAUGUGGCAAGGUCUGCUGGCUUUGAAGAACGACCAGGCGGCGGUUCAAAUGUACUUGGUGUCCGGUAACGAUCAAGUGGCAAAGUCCAGUUUGCCCGUUAACAUUGACGGGUCCACGCCGCCUCUAAGGAUGUUCCAAAGGAUGAGGCUGGAGCCGCCGCAAGUCGAAGGGGUAGCGAGGAAGAUGCAGAUGGAAAACGAACAUUGUGUGUUAUUGGCCUUGCCGUGCGGCCACGAUCACAUGGACGUACUUAAACAAUCCACGAAUUUGACGAACGGUUUCAUAACUUAUUUGCAAAAGAAACAGGCUGCGGGUAUCGUCAACGUCGCCGAACCCGGUACCACACACCCGCCUGCUUACGUCGUACACAUUUUCCCGUCCUGCGACUUCGUCAACGAGAACCUGAGACGGAUCGCUCCUAGUCUUCUGGAGAGGGUGGCGGACAUAGCGCAUCUUCUCAUAGUGAUAACCACGGUAUGAUCUUUUCUACGCGACUUUUUGCGAGAAUAUACGACCUUUUGAUUUGAUGGUAAAAUUCCCGAUGGAAGAAGGCCUUCUUCGCGAAGCUUCUCUGGUCCCUCCUCGAGGUCGAGGAGGAGAGAUUAUUGUCCCUUAAACGAUUUUAAAAAUAUACUUAAAAAAUAUUUCACUGUGAUUUCUGACAAAAUGUUAUUUACUAUUAUUACAAAAAUAUAUAUUAAAAGAUACAAAAAAACGCUAAAAAUAACUUACUACCUAUUUAAGAGAUCUCAUAUUGAAACUUAGUUAUAUAAAAAAAGAAAUAUGUCUUUAUUUAGAAGAUCUUUAUUUUCGUAAAUAUCUUGUAAAUGGUUUGUUCAAAUUUUAUGCGACAUCCUUGCAAUAUUUGCAAAGAUGUUGUAUAAAACGAAGCAAGUGUUUUUUUAGAAUAUUUUUAUUUUAUUUAGUUUUUUCACAUCGAGAUGCCGCUCGAAAUUCGUUAUAGAUAGUAUCUGAUUAGUUAUUUAUUUUUUAUAAUUGUUUGAAAAUAUCAAAGUCGUUUUCUAUUGUUUCUCUAGCACCUCUACCUGGCUAAUUUUACGUUUCACAAAAGGAGAAAGAAAAACUAUUAUUUUUUUUCUGCAAAGAAAAAUCAUUCAGGUAUAGGUAAUAGAUUUCAUUUAAGUUUCUCCGAGCGACAGCUCAAUGCUGAAGAUAACGCUUUAAGAUUGUAUAUAUUAAAUUAAACGUUACCCGAUUUGUAGUUGGCUAUUGAAAGAAAAAUCAUAUAGACAUAAAUAUACAUAUAAAUAUGUAGCAUAACAAAAAAUCAAUCAUUUUUUUAAAUUACACUGUAACAUAUAUGUGAAUAUAAUGUUUAGUUUGAGCUUUUUUUUGGUUUAUCAGUUCUGUACAGUGUAUUUUUAGCUGUAAGUAAUAGGUUAGCUUGCGUUAAAAAUGAUAAUAUAGGGAACAUUGUGAUGUCUAUAUAAUAUUGUAAAUUUUGUACAUAUAAAAAAUACUGUGUAUUGUGAGUAUACAUUAUUAUAACUAUUACAAUAAAGAGAA